AUGUUCACUGGUUCUGGCGAACACAAGGGUCGCCAUGGGAUGUUCACUGGUUCUGGCGAGCACAGGGGUCGCCAUGGGAUGUUCACUGGUUCUGGCGAACACAAGGGUCGCCAUGGGAUGUUCACUGGUUCUGGCGAAUACAAAGGUCGCCAUGGGAUGUUCACUGGUUCUGGCGAACACAGGGGUCGCCAUGGGAUGUUCACUGGUUCUGGCGAACACAAGGGUCGCCAUGGGAUGUUCACUGGUUCUGGCGAACACAAGGGUCGCCAUGGGAUGUUCACUGGUUCUGGCGAACACAAGGGUCGCCAUGGGAUGUUCACUGCACUCUUGACAGGCACCCUGAGGACCUUCCAGCGACACGCCUGCGACGGCACCAGCCUCUCCCUUCAGUGCCCCAUCAACACUACCAUCGACAUCACCUUCGCCAGAUACGGCCGCCCGCGACAGGCUGAAGGGGGCGAGGAGGGCGGCGCCCACGGCCACGACCCAUGCCCGCCACUAGCGCCACCAUCCCUCCAGCAGCAGCAACUCAACUCAGUCUGCGAGUAUUCCCACGAAGUGAAUUACAAGACCCUGAAGCUGGUCAUCAAGAACUGCCAGCACCAGAAGAAGUGCCAGAUCGACGUGGUGCCCCACACCUUCAGCGACCUCGACCCUUGCCCCGACACCCGCAAGUACAUUGAGGUCGCCUACAAGUGCCGCCCAGAGACCUUCAUAAGCAAGAUAACGUGCGUGCCUGGCAAACUGACUCUAACAUGUGAGAAAAACUCCAGACUGGCCAUAUACAGCGCUUUAUUUGGUAGAAGACUGGAUGGGUCAUACACGUGUCCCCAGCCGGAGGGCGUGCCUGAGGAAGACUGCCAGGCUAGUUAUGCGAAUGAGAUCGUCAUGAAGUUGUGCCAUGGACAUCGACAGUGCCACCUGGAAGCGAAUCCACAAGUGUUUGGCAAACCUUGCUCGGCUGACUCCAGGAUGUACUUGACGACGGCUUACACUUGUGUUCCCAAGAAAAUUCUAAAGACAACAUCACAAGAGGACGAUGAAGAGAAGGAAGUAGGGGAGGAGGCCCAGGAGGAGGGCAGCCUUAUGUUCCCAGCCUUGCCAGAUCCGUUCUCACCUGCAUCUCCUCCACAGCACACACAAACUCCUACUGUAUUUUAUAAUCCCACAGUCACCACCAAAACUUCUAAUAAAAAAAGCGAGAGGGUCAAUUCCCUAGACAAAGAUUAUCCUCGGGAUGGUGUAGCCAAACCUGACCUCCUCAACUGUACAGUCACCAUCCUCUCGGGCACUGGGGAUCAGGAGAUUGGCUUCUUAACAGAGUGGAUGAGGGCUAUAGCUUUUAUGAAACGGAAUUUAGAAAAGCUCAUCCUUUACUUGAUGGUGGGUUUGUGUGUGGGUCUGCUGCUAUUCUUGAUCGUGGUUGUGGGACGUUUGCUGAUUGAACGACAUCAAGCCAAGAAAGAGGCCAAGAUGAUGCAUGAUCCCCUCACUUCUGUAUUUGCAACAGAUAUAGACGAUAUAGAUGGAGACUUGGAUAUGCAAGUUGCUUUGGGAUCCUCUUUGGGAAGAUCGCCCUCACCUCAGGAACCAACGCAAGAUGUUGUCCGAUAUAACACUACUAGGCCCGGGAUCAGACGCCAAGACAGUGACACAAAUCCACGAAGCUUGAGCAGAAAUAACAACAAUCAGUUAUUCUAUAGUUAGUUGUCCUUGUAGGGCUUUUAUAGAAGCUUUAUAAACUGUAUAGCCCAGUUAUCUUUAAAUUUAUUUAUACCAAACAACUGUAGACAUUGUACAUAUGCUAAAAAAAAAAAUUUUGAAUGAUUAUUUUUGUCUUUUGCUCAGUGUGUUAGUGUGUACUUAAUGUUAAAUAAUUAUAUUCUGACAAAGUAAUGAAACCAAAAAUGUGCAAAGUAUUGCUUUGAUAUUUUAUAUGGACCUCAAUAUCAUUAUGUACUACUUAAUGAAAUUUGCAUCUAAUGUAAUGUGCAUGUAUAUAUUCACUGUAUGUAGAUUUGUGCAGUUUUUUAUAUAUAUAUAAAUAUAUGUAUAUGAAUGAAUAUGUGUUGUGUAUGAAGUGUGUGUAAAGAAAGAUGAAGCAUGAAAAGAAUGCUUGUGUUUGUCUCAUUGGAAAAAAUAUUAGAGGGAAAAUUAGUGUUCGAAUAAUAAGCAAAAUGGUCAGACUCUUCCUCUAUCUAGUUGUGCAAAGGAUAAAUGGCAUUACUUUUAAGUUUUAUGUCAAAAUUGUGUUGAGUUCAGUGUUUGUUAUGAUCAUUUAUCAAUGUAUAAUAUUGUUAUUCCCAUAUGAACAUAAAACUUGACAAAAUUAGUCCCUCAUAAUUUCAUCCUCUGUCAGAGGCAGCAUGUUAUUUUACAAAUGUUUCCAUAAUUCCUGUAAUACCAACUCAGUAUUAUCUUUUAUGAUUAUACCAUAAAACAGAAAUAAAGAAGCCACACAAUGUCUAAAA